AUGUCUAAACGUAAUAUUGCAUACAUUAAACCGCAAGAUCCUAAGUUUUUGCAACAGUUAAAGGAACAAAUUGGCUAUAAGGACGGACCUUCAGUUGAAACAAAGAGACAGAAACUUCAAGAUUUCGAAGGCGAUUCCGAUAACGAAGACAGGGCAGAACGUGAAGACGAAAAACCACAAAUAGUUGUAAUAAAUUCGGGUGAUCUUACAGCAGAGGAAGUAGCUCUUGAAGAAAAGCGUUUAGCCAAAGAAGCUGCAGAAGAACCUGCAGAUUUAAAUAAACCAAUCGUAUUUCGCAAACGCCAUAAACCUGGAGACGAUUUAUCUUUAAAGUCUGUUUUAACUUCAACAAAAGAUACUAAGGCUGACAAAAACAACAAAGACAAACAAAACAAACCAAGACAAAAAUCGUCCGUUAAAAGUAUAGUUAAGUUAUCCUUUAACCCCGAGGAAGAGGAGGAGGACCAAUAA